AUGAGCGAAUCGAAGACACUUGACACCGAGACGGUGCCGCAAGGGAAGGAUGUCGAACAAGGCGUUCACGGUGUUCGUGAUUGCGAUGAUGCAAGUAGUCUGGGCAAGGGUGACAUUCUGAGCAAAGAGCACACGGAUCCUGUGCUCAACGCAAAGAUGCAUCUUAUCAACAACACCAUCGAUGGGAUUGGAUUCACAGCAUACCAAUGGAAGCUCUUUGUAUUGAACGGCUUCGGAUACGCGGUGGACUCCCUCAUCCUCCUGAUUCAAUCUAUCAUCGCUCGCCAAGCAGCGCUUGAGUUCAACCCAGGCUAUCCCAAUGGUCUCACCAUCGCAGCCUACGUGGGUAUGCUUGUCGGUGCUCUGUUCUGGGGCAUUGGUGCAGAUGUGAUUGGAAGGAAAAUUGCCUUCAAUGUGUCGCUGAUCAUCUGCUCAAUUUUCGGUAUUUUGGCAGGAGCGAGCCCGAACUGGGAGGUCUUGGGAUUGUUCGUAUGCUUGAGCGCGUUCGGCGCAGGAGGCAAUCUUGUGCUAGACACGGCGGUUUUCCUUGAGUAUCUGCCCGGUAAUCGCCAAUGGAUGCUCACGCUCAUGGCAGCUUGGUGGGGUAUUGGUCAACUCAUCGCUGGCUUCUUUGCCUGGGGCUUCCUUCCCAAUUUCAGUUGUCAGGAUCCCGCAAACUUCCCAGACGCAGCACCUUGCACGAAAUCCAAUAACCAAGGCUGGCGCUACGUUUGGUACGCCUGCGGUGCCCUUGUCUUCGUCAUGUCAAUGGCCCGCAUCUUCGUCAUCCGUCUCAAAGAAACGCCCAAAUUCCUUGUUGGCGAGGGCAAGGACGCUGAAUGCGUCGAGGUUCUACAAGGGAUUGCGACCAAGUACAACCGCCCGUGCAGCUUGACCCUUGAGACAUUGCAAGCAUGCGGAACGAUAUCCACGCGCUCAACCCACGGAAAGAGUAAAUGGAGUCUCGGCGAAAUCGGCACGCACCUCAAGGGUUUGUAUGCUACGAAGCGCAUUGGUAUCUCGACGACGUUGAUCUGGUUGUCCUGGACUUUGAUCGGUUUAGCAUACCCUCUGUAUAAUGUCUUCCUUCCCGCCUACCUCUCCAGCCGCGGCGCCGCCUUCGGCGAUUCCUCGCCCUACACAACCUGGCGCAACUACACGCUCGUCAACUUCUCCGGAAUCUGGGGCCCCGUGCUGGCCGGUUUCAUGUGCCACACUAAACUCGGGCGGAAAUACACCAUGGUCAUCGGGGCGCUCGUCACCAUGUCGUUUUUCUUCGCGUACACGCAAGUCCGGACGAACGUGCAGAAUAUCGUGUUUACGUGCGUCAUUAAUUUCUGUUUGAAUGUGUAUUAUGGCACGCUGUAUGCGUACACACCGGAGGUGCUGCCGAGUGCGCAUCGGGGGACCGGAAAUGGAAUUGCGAUUGGGUGGAAUAGGGUUAUGGGGAUUUUGAGCGCGGUGAUUGCUACGGUUGCUGAUACUUCCACACCGGUGCCGAUUUAUAUUUGUGCGGCGCUGUAUAUCUUCAUGGCGGCUAUUGCGGCGGCGUUCCCGUUCGAACCGUAUGGUAAAAGGAGUUCGUAG